UGCAGAAUCAACGAAUCCGCACCCAUUUGUGAAAGCUGAAAUUUUCAUCUCAAUUUGUAAUAUGUAAAAUCAGACAAAAAUUUGUGAAAAGCCAAUUAAACGAAUUAAAGGCAAGGCUGUUGCUGGUGGUGAAAGCGCUUUAAACGGUGGAUCUAUAGCAGCUACAACUUGGUAAACUAUGAAUCGAACAAGUUAUAGCAAUUGGCUGGGUAGCUGCCUGGGACUGGUGGUGCUGCUGCUGGCUUGCACACAGCUGCAAAGAGUAAGUGCAUCCGAAGAUGAAGAACGCUUGGUACGUGAUCUCUUUCGUGGGUAUAACAAACUUAUACGACCCGUUCAGAAUAUGACACAAAAAGUUGGAGUAAGAUUUGGUUUGGCGUUCGUACAGCUAAUCAAUGUCAAUGAGAAAAAUCAAAUUAUGAAAUCAAACGUUUGGUUACGUUUGGUUUGGUUCGAUUAUCAAUUGCAAUGGGAUGAGGCCGAUUACGGUGGUAUUGGUGUGCUGCGCUUGCCGCCCGAUAAGGUUUGGAAACCGGAUAUUGUAUUGUUCAAUAAUGCUGACGGCAAUUACGAAGUGCGCUACAAAUCCAACGUGCUCAUUUAUCCGACGGGCGAAGUGCUCUGGGUACCGCCGGCUAUCUACCAGAGUUCAUGCACAAUCGAUGUCACCUAUUUUCCAUUCGAUCAACAGACAUGUAUUAUGAAAUUCGGUUCGUGGACCUUUAAUGGCGAUCAGGUGUCACUGGCCUUGUACAACAAUAAAAACUUUGUCGAUCUGUCGGAUUAUUGGAAAUCCGGUACUUGGGACAUUAUAGAAGUGCCGGCCUAUCUCAAUGUCUACGAAGGCGAUGGCAAUCAUCCAACCGAAACAGAUAUCACAUUUUAUAUAAUUAUACGUCGCAAAACACUGUUUUACACAGUGAACUUGAUAUUGCCAACUGUACUGAUCUCAUUCCUGUGCGUACUCGUGUUUUAUCUGCCUGCUGAGGCCGGCGAGAAGGUUACAUUGGGCAUAAGCAUUCUGCUGUCACUGGUUGUGUUCCUAUUGCUCGUAUCGAAGAUACUACCGCCGACUUCGUUGGUGCUGCCGCUCAUUGCCAAAUAUUUGUUGUUCACUUUCAUUAUGAAUACGGUGUCAAUUUUGGUCACCGUUAUUAUUAUAAAUUGGAACUUUCGCGGUCCUCGUACACAUCGCAUGCCCAUGUGGAUACGUACGGUCUUUCUGCAUUAUCUGCCCGCGUUUCUGCUCAUGAAGCGUCCGCGUAAGACACGGUUACGUUGGAUGAUGGAAAUGCCGGGCAUGAGCAUGCCAGCACAUCCACAUCCCUCAUACGGCUCGCCAGCUGAACUACCCAAGCACAUCAGGUGGGUUGACAAUUUUCUCUACAACUUUCAUGUUUGCAUUACAUAUCGGUUUGCUUUAUAUUUACAUAGCGCAAUCGGCGGCAAGCAAUCCAAAAUGGAGGUAAUGGAGCUCUCCGACUUGCAUCAUCCCAAUUGCAAGAUCAAUCGCAAAGUAAAUAGCGGCGCCGAUUUAGGCAUUGGCGAUCAAUGUCGUCGUGAAAGUGAGUCAUCCGAUUCGAUAUUGCUUUCGCCGGAGGCCAGUAAGGCCACCGAAGCGGUGGAGUUCAUCGCCGAACAUUUGCGAAAUGAGGAUCUCUACAUUCAAACCCGUGAAGACUGGAAAUACGUGGCCAUGGUUAUCGAUCGUCUUCAACUCUACAUCUUCUUCAUAGUGACCACUGCCGGUACAGUUGGCAUACUAAUGGAUGCGCCACAUAUUUUCGAGUAUGUAGACCAAGAUCGCAUCAUCGAAAUAUAUCGUGGAAAAUAAAUCAACUUUAUUAAAUUUUUACGAUGGUGGCGUGGCCAUUACAACCGCUACUCCAAGAAAAAGCAAAAUUGGAAUUCAUUGAUAAUAAAAAAAAAAAACACUCGGUGCGGGUUUUGUCACUAAUCCGUUGUUAGUGAAGAGAUAUUUUGCAUAAAGCAACAAACUUCAGCACAUAACGGCAAUAAAGUUUGAAGCGAUUAUUCUUGUAUCACAUACCCACACAAACACAUACCACUUGGUACUCAUGGAGUAUGUGUGCCACAAAUUGUCUUCGAAUCAAUUCUUCGAUGUUAAGAAUUCUAUUAUUUUAAGCGUUUUUAAUUAGAAUUUAUAAGUAACAUAAACUUAUUGUAAGUGCAAUGAUUCAUAAGGAAAUUGUUAUGUUAAGCGUUUUAAGUAUUUACGUAUUUAUAUGCUUAUAAUAAGGAUAGCGAAUUGGAAAUAAUUACGGCAGUUAAAAUAUCUAGAAAAUCCGCGCAAAUUAGUGAAAUUACAUAUAAAUAAUAAUUAGUAACAAGUAAUACGAAGAAAUGCUUCAGCUCAUAAACUUAAACAGUAGCGUGAAUUUCGCGAGCAGUUUACGAAACGAAAUUCGUACUAAUAGAAAAAAAACCUUUUAUUAUUGAGCGGAACCAUAAUCGAUUGAAUAAACAUGACUUUGCUUUCAAAA